CGCUGCAAGACGCAUCACGCCCACUGAACUCAUUGCAGAGUCUGAGUGCGUAGACGGAAUGUGGACCGACAUCACUCUGCAGUGCUUCCCAGAUUGCCCUUCGUGGCCCAUGCGGCAGCGCACCGUCAUGGACAGUGGCGGCGGCUUGCGGGUGGGAUCCUUGCUGCGAUUGGCCUGCGACGGUCGACCAGAGGUGGCCAUUCGAUGUGGCAUGCGAGGCACCUGGGAACUCCUGAGGGAGCGGGAGGAUGGCCCCGGAGGCUCGCCUCCCGGCCGCCCCAGCCGCCCCAGCGGUCGCAGUUUGAAGUUCACGGUGGGGCCGGAGCUCAGCGAGCAGGAGUUCGCCUCGAUGUGUCCUUUGAGCAACGGAAGCCGCCAAAAUUUGAUGAACAUGACCUUCUGGGCCAAGCUCUCGGGUGAUGAGCGGGCGAUGUUUCUGAUCUUGGCCUUGGGAUGUUUCGGGUCCCUGUGCGGAUUGGCCUGUACAUACUUCUUAUCACCCUACGUACCGGAUGAGCCGCCAGAGGAGGAGCAGAACGAUUCCGAGACGCAGAACGAGGCCUCUGAGGAUCCGGCGUUACGGCGCUUCAAUCUGCUGACGGGUGAACUGGAACGUCGCCGCUCAUUGGGUCGGCGGAAACGCGGUGGCUCCACUCGCUUGUCCGCCAUGGUGCAACGCAGUGCGAGCCGGUUGGCAGGCUAUCUGCAAGAUGGAGGUCCAAAGGUGGCCAGUUGUUCCAACUGCGAUCGGCCCGCCAGCCACGUGUGUUUUCCAUGCAGCCAUCUCUGCCUUUGUGUGACCUGUGCGGAAGACUUUCUGCACAGUUUCCCCGGGGGAUUUCAGGAGCUUCAUCGCGACGAGGAUGGACUUGACAUCAGUGCUCAGCAACCUUCAUGUCCGCUCUGUGGGCAAUUUGUGUUCUGCGUGAUCGAUGCCAAGCCCGCGCAAGUCUUCGACGUCCCCGGCCCCCUAGACCUGGCCUUGAGCGCCGCCAGCGCCGCGGCCUCCUCCUUGCGCAGGGGCGCCGCUUAUGCUGCGCAAGGUGCCGCCGACGUGGCCGCCCGCAGUCGCCACAUCCCACCCACCACAGUGGGUCGGUCCCGCGAGAGCCGCGAGAGCCGCGAGACGCGGGUGUGAAGCGGCCGUGGGAGCUGUGGGUAGGGAUGAAACCUGCGGGAUCUCCGCGAGCCUCUAUCAAUAGGCAUUGCAUGGGGAUGUGAG